AUGUCGUCCACCAAGACCUCCGUUGUUCAAUCGGAACGACUGUUUCCCAGUACCAAAACCAGCUCCGAGAAGACGGUGCCACUCUCGCUUUUAGAUGCAACAACAGUCAGUUUCUCCCCCACCUCUGCCGUAUGGUUGUUUGAGCGUCCUAUCGUUGGCAAUAAGGUCGACGUGGUCGACCACCUUCGUCAUACGUUGCAGAUCGCCCUUGACGCUUAUCCGCAGUGGUGCGGCCACGUAAAAGCCAUUACUAGUCUCGAUAGUACAACUGCUGAAAGCCACUUUCCACCUCAUGCCCGACGGUUCGGGCGAGCGUAUGUGCAUUAUGGGACGCCUCAGGAUCCGGGGGUCGAAUUCGUCCGGGCGACGAGCAGCUUGACCCUGGAUGAUCUUUGCCCGCUUUCUCGCCCAGCGCUUUGGGACCGUCAGUCAUCCCCACUUGGCGAGCUCGUUUCAUCUACAUCCCUGGUUAAUGCGCUCCGACCUGUGCCGGUAAUUGAAUCUGGUCUUUUACCACCAGGGCUGUCGAUUCAAGUGACUGAGCUGGCCUGUGGCGGCUAUACACUCGGAAUCAAAAGCACGCAUCCUUUAGCAGAUAUCACUGCCCUGGUCCAGUUUCUUAAGGACUGGGCUUGGGUUAGUCGAGAAGUGCUCUGUAACUGUGCGUCGCCUGCUGUGUCUUCCCAAACAACAACCGUUUUUGAACCGGGUCGCCUGGACCUGUUGGCUGGUGGAGAUAUCAACGCGGACGAGCCUGACUCUACUUUGGUCCGGCAAGCGGCGAACCUGCCACUUCAUCGGUUUGACUGGUGGGCUCAGUGCCCCGAACGCCCGAAGCCCGCUAUACCGGAUGUAUUCCAUGGCCAGGACCUUCCCCCCGCGGGGAAGCCGAUGCCGUGGGUUGAAUGGGACACCAGCGCUCCUGUAUCUCACUAUGUAGUUCACUUCACCCGCGAGCAGGUGGAGUGUAUCCUGAAGGAGGCUGUCCGGGGGUCAACAUCGUCGAGCUUUCGAAUCAGCCAACACGACGCGGUAUUGGCACAUGUCUGGGCGAGCAUUACUCGCGCCCGAAACCUACAAAACGACCCAAAUCCUGUCCACUGUGACCUUACAUACGGUGUGCGCCCCGCUCUCAAACUAGGGGAUGGGUUCAUCGGAUCCCCUAUCAUUAUAGUUAAUGCCGACAUGAAAGGGACUGAUAUGCCUACUGCCACGUCGGAGACGACCGGAAACGCGAGUAAGCUUCAUUGCGUCGCGCGGCGCAUUCGCGAAACCAUCAACGCGGUGCAAAGUCCGGAGGCCUUAGGGGUCCAUCUCCAUAGUGUGGCGUAUGAAAAGUCUCCACAACGUAUUUGGCAGGCAUUCCUAGGGAAACGCCAUAUUUUAGUGACAACCUGGGCCCGCGCAGGAGUAUACGAUAUUGACUUCGGCUUACACAAUGGCUCUACAGGGAUUCGUUUUUCCCAGAGCGUGAUGCCCAAUUUGGAUGGCAUUGUCAUGAUCCAGGAAGCCCCUCCAUCCAACUCGAGGAAUGGGACCAUACCGAAGUCAUGGACGGAGAAUGGGGUGGAUGUCUCUAUCCACAUUCGUGCCGAGGAUAUGGAUCGCUUAGUUCAGGAUCCUCUACUCUUUCCAUAG